CAAGUGAGCUUCAGGGAUAUUUAGACAGUUGGGUAAAAAAUAAUUUUUAUAUAAAAAAAAUUUUUAAAGAUGCUGAUAUAAAUAUAACUAAACAAGAAUCUGAAUCCUUAAACAAUCCCGUAAAUACUUUGAGCUUAUACAAACUUAUAAAACGCGUAAUUGGUUCAAAACCUACAAACUUAAAAGACUUUUCAAAAGAUAAACUGAAUCAAUUUAAUUCUUCUUCGCAGGAAGAUGAUUUUAUUAUUUUAGAUUCCAAUUUUAACGAAAAACAUUGA